AUGGCCUCCUUCAUCGCCGGCCUCUGGGAGUCCAUCUUCGUGCCCGGCCCAACACCCACCAUCCUCAAGGCCACCAACGCCACGUUUGCUGCGCUCCAAAUCGUCUUGCUCGGGCUCCUCGUCGCCACGACAAGCAUACACUUUGUCGUCCUGUCCAUCUUGUGCGCGGGGCUCUGGUACUCGAUCAACUGGUUCGCGAACGAAUUAGCCGUGGCCCAAACGAGGCAGCAGCAAGAGGCGGAGCGAGCAACGGCCGAGGACAAGGACGCGACGGACGACAAGGGAGGGGACGACAGCGAUACCGAGGUCGAAAGCACGGCGAGACAGGGCCGACAGAGGCUGAGAAAGAGAGGCGGGGUCAGCGGCGUUGCCGGCCAGGCAAACAACUUGGAGGCUUCGUCUGGCGGGGAGACGCAAUCUAGUGUCAGCACCGAGGACGAGUGGGAGAAGGUGUCGGAGAGCGACAAGUGA